UCCUCCCAACACAUAUGUAGUUUCUUUCUUUGCAUUGAGAAUUUGAUGCAUUAUUAGCUUUUGCAGUUACACUUUUUUUUUCCUUUUGUGGUUCUUUAUUAUUUUGUUCAUUAUUAUAUUGAUAUUAACAUGUCAAAGCUUCAAGUUCAUCAAAUUAAUCAACUAAGGGAGAUUUUUGCUCGAUUUGAUAUGGACUCAGAUGGUAGCCUAACUAUGUUAGAGCUAGCAGCACUUCUUAGGUCAUUGGGGCUCAAGCCUUCAGGUGACCAAGUCCAAGUUCUACUAGCCAACAUGGACUCAAAUGGUAAUGGCACUGUGGAGUUUGAUGAAUUGGUCAAGACCAUAUUGCCUGAAAUGAAUGCACAAGUAUUGUUGAAUCAAGAACAACUUCUAGGGGUGUUCAAGUGCUUUGAUCGUGAUAGGAAUGGUUAUAUAUCAGCUGCAGAGUUGGCUGGGGCAAUGGCAAAAAUGGGUCAACCCCUCACUUAUAGAGAGCUCACAGAGAUGAUCAAAGAGGCUGACACAGAUGGUGAUGGAGUGAUUAGCUUCAAUGAGUUUGCCACUAUCAUGGCUCGCUCUGCCUCUGAUUUCUUAGGCCUUGCAUUGUGGUGACCAGAGGCUGAGUCUACAAAAUGUUAUUCAUUUCAUCUAACUAGAAGAUUAUUGAAUCUUUCAAGUUUUCCUUUUUGUUGGAUGU